AGAUUUUUCCAACUAGUGGCAUUACCACUCUGAGUUUAACCAAUGAAAUCACUUUGAAUUUUCAGUGUUUUCGCCUAUAAAUAACAGCAAAAGAUCCCUUUAGAUGUCAUCAUAAUCAGAAUUUCACAGCAAACCUUUUACAUUGAUCACCAGCUAUGACUCACAAAAUCAUCUCCUACUUCACUUUUUCUUUAUGUUUACUCUUGUCUUUGUCUCCCUUUGUUCAUAUGCAUCCAUUUGCUUAUAGCCAGCUUGAUUACAAUUUCUACGACAGAUCAUGCCCCCGCUUAUCAAUGAUUGUUAGGUACAAUUUGUGGGCAGCAAUCAGGAAUGACACCAGGAUGGCUGCAUCCCUUCUUCGGAUGCAUUUUCACGAUUGUAUCGUCAAUGGGUGUGACGGCUCAGUGCUUCUUGAUGACACAGAAGACUUUAAGGGCGAGAAGAAUGCAUUGCCAAAUCGUAAGUCACUUCGGGGUUUCGAAGUGAUUGACAAUAUAAAGGCAGAUGUUGAGAGAUUUUGCCCAUCGACUGUUUCGUGUGCUGAUAUUUUGACUCUUGCAGCAAGAGAAGCUGUUGGCCUGGCAGGAGGGCCUUUUUGGCCUGUUCCAUUGGGCAGAAGAGAUGGAACAACUGCAAGUGAGAAGGCAGUUACUGAACAACUACCAUCACCUAUUGAGCCUUUAGAGAAUAUCACUGCCAAGUUCACAUCAAAGGGUCUUGACAUAAAAGAUGUUGUAGUCCUCUCAGGUGGACAUACUCUAGGAUUUGCUCAAUGCUUCACCUUCAAGAGAAGACUCUUCGACUUCAACGGCUCUGGCAAGCCUGACCCAACACUUGAUUCUUCAGCCCUUACAAACUUGAGAAGCAUAUGUCCCAAAAAAGAUUCAGCAAACAGCAAUCUUGCUCCUCUUGAUUCCACUAAUCUCAGAUUUGACAAUGCCUAUUACACAAACCUGGUUAGCAACACAGGUCUUCUAGAAUCUGAUCAGGCAUUGGUAAAGGAUCCAAAUACUGCUGCAAUGGUUAAUUCUUAUAGUGCAAACCCUUUUCUUUUCUCUAAUGACUUUGCUGCAUCAAUGGUGAAGCUUGGUAAUGUUGGAGUAUUGACUGGGAAAGAUGGGCAAAUAAGGAAGAAAUGUGGAUCUGUGAACUAAACGAAUGAUUUGUAAUAUUAAUGGCAUUUCUCUCUAUGAAAAAGUAGUGUAAUCUAGUUGAAGUUGUUAA